AUGGCGUCUCAACCACAAAGCAUGGUCUCUGGACCGCCGCUAAAGAGAAAAGAAAAGGAACUAGUUCGAGAAGCGUUCAACAAACGAGUUCUCGAACUGAAACAUACCUUCAAUGCUCAAGUAGACAAUAUUGCCUUGGAGUUUUCUGGGAACGGAGCUUGCUAUUCACGUAGUCAGAUUCGCAGCCAGAUCAUCUAUAACCUUGCCGCACCUACAAAAACUCGUAAGCCCAUGCUACCUAAUGCCUGGGCACAUGCCAAGGCUCAGGCAGAUCGUAAGAGAGCACGAGAACUCCCGGAUAUUCCAUAUUCACAAGAGUACCUUGAAAUCCUUGAUGAUAUCAAUGAGAACAGAAUCACGUACGAAGACAUCGAGAGCCAAAUGACAUCAACAGAGGAACAUUAUGCAAGGAUCCUUCUAGAGGGUGUGUCCGUCAAAAGGGAAAACCGAAUGGUGAAACAGAAAGUCCCCUCACCUGAGUUGUCCGUGGGCCGCAUGACAUUCCACGCUAGAAGUCAGCUAAUCCAAGUUGCAGAGAGAAUUCAUGAAGCGUGUGGUGUCGAGGUGUUGAUCAUGAUGACAAAGGGAAAUAAUGAGGACAUUUUCGCGCCUGUUUUGUGGGGAACACCCAAAGCAAUGGACUUUUGGUGUGGUGUGCUCAAGAUAGAUAUGAUGGAGAACAUACGUCUUAUGGAGGGAUAUUGCGUCAACACUCUGAAGGCUGUUCAUGGGGGGGGUCUUGAAGGCGUCGUCACAAAGUAUCAGGCUCGAGUGGGAGCGUUGCGCUGUGAGGUAGCAGAGUAUGCGAGAACAGGGCUUCGUAAGUGGCAACGUCCCGAUGAAAACUCAGAAUCACGACUGACGAAAGCAGGUGGAAUUACUGGAAAGCCCCGCCUGUCAAUGGAGUGGGUACCAAAGAACUACCUGAAACUUACGAUUAGUCAUGGGGUCGCAAUCGAUAUGGAGCACUAUCCAGGUGGGAUAUUGCGGGAGCCAAAAACUGCGAAUCUUCAGCACCUGCAAGAGGUUGUCGAGGGAUGGAAAACAAAUCGAAUUAAGUGGGUGAGACUUGGUGAAGAAGAGCACGAGGACCGGCGAAAGCAGUUAGCUGAGCUGUCAACGAGCGCCCCAGACAAGAAUCAGUCUCCUUCAACUGUGCUCCAACUUGCACAGGGAAUACCGCAUCAUCGAACGACGCCACCCAAGCGUCGAUCAAUCCAGAGGGUGAAGCCACCGCGCAAACCGGUGCGAUUCGUAACAAUGUUUGGCCUGGUUGACGAGGUUGUGCUGUAUGGGAAGAAAGCGAACGAUGCCCCAGGACCCGAACCCACGGAAAAUGCCCCGAACCGCCUCCACAUCAGAUUAGGGUGA